AUGGGAAGUGAAGAAGAAGAAUCCGUAGACGCCGCAGCCACCGCCGCUGCGGCCCGUCGUGAGAGGUUGAGAGCUCUGAGAGCAGCUCAGGAACUUCUUCAAUCACCAGACGAUGAUAAUAAGCCUAAGGAGGUCGAGGAUGCUGAAGAAGAAACCAAUCUCAACAUGAAAUUCCGAAAUUACCUUCCUCAUGAUAAGCAGCUUCAGGAGGGUAAGCUUGCCCCACCUGUACUCCCACAGUUUGAAGACCCUGUUGCAAUAGCACCUCCACCAGAGGAGAAGAAAGAGGACCCAUUUCUUAACAUUGCCCCUAAAAAACCAAAUUGGGAUCUUCGGAGGGAUGUACAGAAAAAACUUGAUAAGCUUGAAAAGCGCACACAGAAGGCAAUGUUUCAAUUUAUGGAGGAACAAGAAAAAGAAAAGCAAUUGGCUGAAGAAGAUGGCAGAAAUGGCGUGGAGGACUAA